AAACGAAUGAUUAUUGGUUUGAAAGUGGAAAUUACUGUUUAGGGCUCAUAAGUUCGUGAUUGCAAUAAUUAGAAGGAAGGACAUGAAUGGAAUAAAGUGAAAUCACGAGGGUAUGUAAUAACCUAGCGAAGGGCACAGAUCUCACUGACCCGAAAACUUUUUUCCCCGCUCUGAAAAAAACGACCCCUCGCCGGAACCAAGAAAGGACCUUCAACCACCAACUUCAACAAUACGAUUACGGUGACAGAAAUGUUGACUUCCCCUUAAGAUUCCACGGGAAUUACGGUCUUUGUCUCAAGUUUCGGGGUUAAUACGAGCUCCGACGAGGAGGCGGCAUCAUUUCUGGAGCUGCGACGGAGGCGGAGACGAUGAGCAGAAAUCUCAGAUCCUCCGCCGCAAUGUCUCAUCGGAAUAACCCUAAACCCCUCCCUUUGGUUGUUACUCUCAACUGCAUCGAAGAUUGCUCGUUGGAACAGGAUUGUUUGGCCGGCGUUGCUGUGGUGGAGCAUGUUCCGCUUAGUCGUUUGGCCGACGGGAAAAUCGAGUCGGCUACGGCUGUGGUUCUUCAUUCGCUUGCCUACCUACCGCGAGCUGCUCAGCGCCGGCUUCAUCCUUGCCAUCUUAUCCUAUGUCUUGGUUCUGCUGACCGCUCCGUCGAUUCUGCUUUAGCCGCGGAUCUCGGUCUCCGUCUGGUUCAUGUUGAUACUUCUCGAGCGGAGGAGAUUGCCGACUCUGUCAUGGCGCUUUUCCUCGGAUUGCUUCGCCGUACUCAUCUACUCUCUCGCCAUACGCUCUCGGCUUCGGGAUGGCUUGGGUCUAUCCAGCCUCUUUGCCGUGGCAUGAGACGCUGUCGAGGAUUGGUUUUGGGGAUAGUUGGCAGAUCUUCUUCGGCUCGGGCUUUGGCUACAAGGAGCUUAGCCUUCAAGAUUAGCGUGCUUUAUUUUGAUGUCAAUGAUGGAAAGGGGAAAGUGAGCAAGCCUACAGCAACAUUCCCGUCUGCUGCUCGAAGAAUGGAUACUCUUAACGAUUUGCUUGCUGCGAGUGAUCUUAUAUCACUUCACUGUGCUCUGACAAACGAUACAGUCCAGAUUAUCAACGCUGAAUGUCUGCAGCAUAUAAAGCCCGGAGCAUUUCUUGUUAAUACUGGUAGCAGCCAGUUAUUGGAUGAUUGUGCUGUGAAACAACUUCUAAUUGAUGGAACCUUGGCUGGCUGCGCUCUGGAUGGUGCUGAAGGGCCACAGUGGAUGGAAGCAUGGGUGAAGGAAAUGCCAAAUGUUUUGAUACUUCCACAUAGUGCAGAUUAUAGUGAAGAGGUUUGGAUGGAGAUCAGGGAGAAAUGUGUCUCCAUAUUACAAGCCUUCUUUGUUGAUGGGGUAAUUCCUGAGAAUGCCAUAUCUGAUGAGGAUGAGGAUGAAAGUGAAGUCAAUGAGGUAAAAGAACAAUCAGACGGUCGUGGUGUAGAAGGUACCCUUCAGCUUGCUGUUGUUGAGCAGUUGACCGAGGAUAACCACUUAAGUCCAGAGAGCUCCCAGAAGAAAGGGUUGAAUCUUUCACCUGAGUCAUCCAGUCAGCCCCAGAGUUCCAGUUUAUCUCAAACUACUGUUACCCGGUCUGAUGGAAGACGCAGUAGGUCCGGCAAGAAAGCCAAGAAAAGGCAUACACAUCAAAAAUCUCAACAGAAAGACGAUUCUCUCUUGUUAGAAAAGGAAAGUACCUCUCACCGAGAAGACGAUACUGCUAUGAGUGGCACAGAUCAAGUUUUAAGUUCAAGCUCUCGAUUUGCUUCCCCUGAUGAAUCGAGAAACCGGAAAGUUCCUAUGGAGUCUAUGCAAGAAUCUACCUCAGAUCCAUCACUUAAAUCAAAAAAGAAAUUAGGUAGGAAGUCUAUUAAUCAGCUGAAAGAUGGAUAUAUUGUAGCCAUAUAUGCUAGAGAUCGUCCUGCAGUCCAUGUAUCCCGACAAAGAGUUAAAGGUGGCGGUUGGUUUCUUGAUACCAUGACUGAUGUUACAAAAAGAGACCCUGCUGCACAGUUUCUGGUUGUUUUUAGAAACAAGGAUACGAUUGGUCUUCGAUCGCUCUCUGCUGGUGGGAAGUUAUUGCAGAUAAAUCGUAGAACGGAGUUUGUAUUUGCUAGCCACAGUUUUGAUGUUUGGGAGAGUUGGAUGCUUGAAGGGUCUCUGGAAGAAUGUAGGCUGGUCAAUUGUAGAAACCCAUUGGCACUUUUGGAUGUGCGCAUUGAAGUCCUUGCAACUGUAGGUGAUGAUGGAGUUACCCGCUGGCUAGAUUAGAAGUAUUCAAAUUUUCUACCUCAUUUGUCCACUAAUUAAAGGUUUGCGUAACUUUGAAAGCUUAAAAAGUUGUAGAGCAUUCUUUCAUUUCCUCGUUUUUGGUCACCUUAUUCCUCUUUCGGUUGUUUGCCAUCUUUAAGCUAAAAUGCCUCCUUCUUUACUAUAGGCUUUGAAGUUGUUGGCUAUUUAAUCAACCUGUGGAUGAACGAGUGUACUCUGUAAUCUAUUUUAGAGCUUUAACGAGAUUUGUUAAGAUUGUACGCA